CCGCCCCGCGCCGCGCUCGCCGACGCCCCCGCAGCCGCCAUGGGCAGGGAGCGGCCCGGCCGCGGCGCGCGGAGCCAGGGGGGGCCGCCGGCCGCCGACGCCGCGGGGCCCGACGACAUGGGGCCGAAGAGGGGCGCAGGGGCCCCCAAGGAGUGCGGGGAGGAGGAGGCCCGGAAGUGCUGCGGCUGCCGGUUCCCGCUGCUGCUCGCGCUGCUGCAGCUGGCCCUGGGCAUCGCCGUGACCGUGGUGGGCUUUCUCAUGGCCGGCAUCAGCUCCUCCCUGCUAGUCAGAGACACUCCAUUUUGGGCUGGGAUCAUUGUCUGCCUAGUGGCCUAUCUGGGUUUGUUUAUGCUUUGUGUCUCGUAUCAAGUUGACGAACGGACAUGUAUCCAGUUUGCCAUGAAACUGCUCUACUUUGUGCUGAGCGCCUUUGGCCUGGUGGUCUGCGUGCUGGCUGUGGCGUUUGCCGCCCACCACUAUGCACAGCUCACACAGUUUACCUGCGGGACCGCGCUCGACUCCUGCCAGUGCAAACUGCCCUCCUCCGAGCCCCUCAGCAGGACCUUCGUGUACCGGGAUGUGACCGACUGUGCCAGCAUCACCAGCACUUUCAAACUGUUCUUGCUCAUCCAGAUGAUUAUGAACUUGGUCUGCGGCCUUGUGUGCUUGUUAGCCUGCUUUGUGAUGUGGAAACACAGAUACCAGGUCUUUUACGUGGGUGUCAGGAUAUGUUCCCCCGACACCCUCUGAAAGUCAGCAGCAAAAGGUCUAACAUUCUUGCUCAAAGGUGGGAGAGAGAAGAGCACACUGACUAGCUGAGAUUUUUUUUUUUUUAAGAAAAAAAAGAGAUAAGAAAGGAAGAAAAAAAUUAGCUUUUGACAAUGAAAAAUAAUCACUGUUCUAAAUGAAUAUUUUUAUAUUUUUCAGGAAAUGAAAGAACAGUUCCUUAAGUUUCCAUAGUAUUUUUAAAAAAUUCUUUAGCUCCAAGUUGACUUGGGAGUAUUAAAAGAACACAGAACAGGGAAAGAAUGAUGUAGAUCUAUUGUUAGAGUCUGGAGUGGAUUCCUAAUACUCAUUUUAUCUAUCAUUUAUAUAAUCUUCUUCCCUGUUAGUCCAGUUUGACUUGGACAGUUUCAGGCCCACUUGCUGAAUUUUGUAGCAUCUUCCUCCAGGCCUCCCACCUCCCGCCAUGAUCGUCCCUACAACUCUGAGAAAGACAGGGGGCAGGGGAAGAGCUGAACUGCCAGGAUGACUCUCUUUUUUCCCCUGGUAGGAUGAUUUCAGGGCAUGAAACAGCUUAAAAGAGCAGAGUAGAAAAGAAAGAGACUUUGCAAAAGGCUAAAUAAUUAUAAACACCUGGACUGGGGCGCGGCCUCUUCUCCACACCCUUGCUUUGAAUCUGUAACUUACUAAAUGCUUUGGAUGAUUGUCUGCCUCUCAAUAAUUGAAAGUUGGUAGUCGUUGUACUUCUAAUGAUGUAGAAGGUUUAAAAAUAAUUACAUUAUGCUUCUAUUCUGUCAUCUAAAACAAGUCGUUAAAACUAAUUUCUAGCUAAUUGUUAAUUAUAAUUAUGCUCAGAAGUCUAUUUAAUGAGCCCUGGCUGUAUUUCCAUAGCACCGGGGGUAUUAGGAGAAAUUACUCUCACAAGAGAGGAGGCUUAAAGAUCCUUUCUUCUGAAAGCCAAGCUUUACAAGGGAGAAAAAAAAAAUUUUUUUUAUUAAUAGCUCAGGUUAAAAAUACUCACUUAAACAAAACCAAGAGCAUUCAUCAUGGGAAAUGUUUAUACAAAUGGCACUUUUGUGAUAUGUUGUGAAGUAUCUCUCUUGGCAGCUAAGUACUUUGGAGGAAGAUUGGUUAGUGUUGAUGUGUCCCAUUCAUGAAACUGUAUCUGAUAUGGAAUUCUAUUACUUAUUUGUAUGCACAGUCAACUAGAGACUUAAACCAGUGUUUUGAAGUCCUCAUUUGAACAUUUGACCAUUGACUUGGAGGGUAGUUUUUUGUUUGGUUUUUUCAGUCACUGUGACUUAAAACAGCACAAGUACCCUGUGAUGGGAAGACUUUUUUCUAAUUAUUGUUAUCAUUAAAUUUGGAACAAUAUCAGUCUUUUAAGGAAGGAGCUCAGAAUGCAAAUUCAUGUAGCAUAAAUGUUACUAAAAACUUUUAUCAGUAUGCUCUGCUGAGAGCAGAAAUUCAAGACAAUAAUUGAGCUUAAUUUGCUUCUCCACAUUGCAUAUUGACAUAUGUUUACUAAUCAUUAAACUCUACUCUAAAAGAAAAUCCUUUCCUUGUUUGCCUUAAGAUAGAUGAAUAAUUCCAUCAGUUGUGAUGAUAGUGUCAAUUAUUACACAAUAUAAAUAUCCAGAUAAAAAGGGAAAUGUUAAAUAAGUUAGUUGGAGGAUUGUAAAUUUUUUUAUGCCCUCCAGAUAAAACACUUGAUUAACAGAUGUUAAAACCUUUUUAUGUAUUGGCUUGCUUUAAAUAUGGCCUUCCUAUACACUAGCUCAGGCCAAGAAUGCACAUUCGGGGACUUAGUGGAUCAGAUUCUGGAGCAGAGAUUUGAUCACACACAAAUUACAUCAACUCAACACCAAGACUCCUGAAAAAAUACUUUGGUCUCUGUUAAAAGAAAAAAUCUCGGGGGGAGGGUAUAACUCAGUGGUAGAGUGUGUGCUUAGCAUGCACUAGGUCCUGGGUUCAAUCCCCAGUCCCUCCAUUAAAAUAAAUAAAUAAAUAAAAAUAAAUCAAAUUACCUCCCCCCACCAAAAGUUUUUAAAAAUAAAUACAUAAAAAUAAAAUAAAAUUUAAAAAAUCUCAAUAAUUGAAUCCAUCUUGAUUUUGACAGUUUCCUACCAAAAAAAAAAAAAAAAAAAAAAAAGAGUGAGAAUCUUCUGGCUCUUUAAAGAGUGAGAAACUAGAGCUUUAAUGCUAAUUACUAUGAAUCAGGCGCUCCUGCAAGCACACCUUGAAUACCUUAACUUUUUAUAGCAAACACUACAAUUUUUUUGUAUCAGAAUAUUAAAUUCCACACAACAUUAAGGUGCUCUAUGCUUCACAGGCGAUUCACAGGGUAGCUCAAAUGGCAGAAUAACUCUAGCUUACAUGCUUCCUUUUUCUAAAUAAUGCAGCCAUUAAGAGCUGGUGUGGUGAUAAGCUUGAUAAUAAUCAGGAGAUAUAUAUAUAUAUAUAUAUAUAAAAUGCAUAUAUAGCGGGGAUUUUGCUAUUGUGUGAUCGAAUAAUUCUUAAAUCCCUAAAGAAAGAAAAAAAUCGUAAGUGAAAGAAGGAACAAAAAAUAAAAUCAAAAAGGAAAAGAAGUCAAGGUUUCCGUGCUGCAAACUCACUGUGUAUUGAUACGUGUGAGAAUUGUGUCGCUUGAAUAACAAACUGCUUUGGGCUGGAUCUGAAGUAUUUUGGGGUUGUGUUUUGCAAAUAUUGAAGUUACAGUGACGGCAACAGAAAAGGAACAGAUACACAGCUUUACACUUUAGCAAAAUGUUACAUUUGAAAUCUGACAAGGCGCCAAGAUGGUGACUGUCUCAUCUAAACCAUAAAACAGGAAGGUUUGCGCAAUCAUCCUCCUCUCCCACCACCUUCAGGAGAAUUAAAUGAAUCAAGACUUUGGGAAAAAAAAGGAGGAUAACAGCCGGGACUUGGCAGCACUUGAAAUAGGAGGAACACAGCAGCCUAAAUGUGCAGACUGUGUAAGGGAGCCCACCCGAUCCGUCUGCGCCCUCACGUGACCACCAUCUGUGCCUGCCUCGCUCCAUCCAAAUUUGUGUAGGCAGCUCCUUGGAGCCAUUCCUAAAAAUAGAGCUACACCAGGCCCUGGAAACCGUAGUCAAGUAACAGGCCUAACUCUUUUCCCUCCUUGAGUUAAACCUCCGUAGGAUCUCUUCUGAGGGCUUUCCGGCUGCAGACGUCAGUGCGUUCGGACAGCGAGGACCCAAUAUAUGUGUGUUUUCUAUUUGUGUCCAGGACAUCAGAAUCUGUUAAUAUUCUCGUACUUCGUAUCUUGCAUACGCAGCGUAUCUGGAAUGUGUUUACAGAUUUUUUUUUUUCAGUAAA